UGGACUUGACGAACCACUUCAGUCUGGCGGUGGAGUACCUGAGGGCUGCCUACUCCCUGUCACCUACUGUCUCCCUUGACUGUUACUUGGCUCCUAGUGUCCUUGUGUAGGAGUGUUGCGUCCUUGUUUCUAUUCUGUUGCCCAUAUAUUUUCUGUUACUCCAUGUUUCCAUUCUGGUACCCCUCCCGAUAACGGUCCUCCUCCUCCAGUGGAUUUGUAGCAGUGUUCCCUACCUGUUACCCAACGGUAGUUCCUCUCUGUUAUCAGGACCGGUCAUAAGCGAAACGUCAUGAACAAUUACUGGAACAAAGUGAAUGAGCAGCUGUACGGCAGCGUGGGGAACCUCGACCAGUCCCGCAUCACCUGGAAGCCGCCCAAGUACUCGCGGUACAGGAAUCAACAGUACCGAAGCGAGGAGAACUUGAGCCAGAGUCACUCUGGCGGCAGGUCGCCCGCCUGGGGCACCUCCAAACAGCUCCUGACGAAGAAGCAGCUUUCCAGCAGCAUGGGCGAGCUAAGCGCUCCCCAGAGCUCCGAGAAACUUGCUGUGCCCAUCUCGCUGAAGGAACGCCAGCGCCAGCAGCUGUACAGCAACACAGAGCAGCAGAGAUCUAAUUCCGGAGACAUGCCUGUCAUAUCGAAGCACAAGAGACCACAGGAGGAUUUCCAGUUCAGCACCGAAAGCGCGAAAUAUUUAGCGUUCAUCUCCAGCGAAGAGGAACGUCCCUACGAGAGAAGAGAGAAGCAUCUUACUGACAUUCACACCUCUCUCUCGAGACAGAACGAGCAAGAUGGCCACUUUGACAGCAUGGAAGAACAGGACCCUAGUAGUAGUGAUCGUCUUGCCUCCUUCGCCAAACAGAGCUCGCAAGAACGACUGUACUUAAACGCAGAGAAUCCACACAGCACACGGGUAAGGGACGAACCUCUUCACGUCACGGGAGUACACAAGACCCAGCUGGCGGUGAGGCAGCAGCAGCACCCGUCAACACAGCUCCAGCAGGAGCUAUCACACACAAAUAAGAAUCACCACAUACCAGACAAGACGGAUCAUCAUUCAGACGAGUCACUCACACAACGUCAUCAUCAACAGGAGGCACUACACACAGCCCUACCUGUCUACCUGAUGGUUGACUCCCCUACAAGCUCACCCAGCCUGGAUGCCAACGCCACACAGGGUAGGUGUGAUAACGAGGUGCCAGUCAUACACAGAGCAACGUGUGUCAGUCUUUCGGAAGACGGCUUUCUUUCCCCCGACAGUCAGGAGGAAGAGGAAGAGGAGGAGGAAGAGGCACAGGAGUGCCUGGCUACUUCCCUACAGAACGGUUCUUCAAGUGAUCCAGGAGAAAGGAACUUAACAACCCUAAGGAAGGAGGAAAAGACCGAUAGAGAGGAGGAGGAAAAAGAAGAAGAGAGAAGCACUAUCUUGACCCUGCGGAAGGAGGUCAAGCGAAUAACCAAACUGAAGGACGAAAUUGAGGAAAAUCUUAUUAAAACUCAGGCAGACCUGAAGGAGCAGGUGAAGGAGCUCACAGACAGGAAGGAGGAACAGGAGGCGAGGUGCAAGGCGCUCACGGAGAAGUCGGAGGAGGAGUCACGGAGGUGGAAGCAGGAGAAGGUCACCAGGGAGACCAUUAUCAUCAACCAGAAGGCUAGGAUAGAGACCUUGACGGAGGAGCUAGAUCAUCUUAAAAGUCAACUCCCUACAGGAAAGCAAGAGGGAAGGGAGCAGAAGCAGGUUCAGGAGCUGAAGGAACAGCUGCGGCAGGAGCAGCAGCUCCGUCAGCAGCAGGUAGCAGAAAAAGAGCGCGAGAACUCCUUCCUCAGGAGCCAACUGCAAGAAAAAGAAAGUGCCUUGAUCAUGCUUCAGGACCAGGCGAGGCAGCAGGAGGAGCAGCAGCAGUUGGAGAGGCAGCAACAGCAGCUUAAGAAACAGCAGCAGCAGGUGGAGGAACAGAAACAGCAGAAGGAAGAGCAUCAGCAGGAGCAUCAGAAGCUGCAGCAGCAGCUGAAGAGACAGCACCAGCAGCUAAAGAAACAGCAGCAGCAGGUGGAAGAGCAGCAGAAGGACCUGGAAAGGCUGCAACAGCAGAUAAAGAAACAGCAGCAGCAAAAGGCGGAGUAUCAGAAGCAGCAGCAGCAACUGGAGAAACAGCUGCGACAGGAACAGCGUCACCAACGUCAGCAGCUGAACGAGAAGGAGCGAGAAAUCUCCUCCUUGAAAACACAACUCCAGCAGAAAGACAAAGAGCUGACCAGGAGCCAAGCCCAGGUGGCACCCUCGGUGCCUCUCAGCCAGAUCAGGGCCAGGGAGCAGCUGGAGCAGCAGGUGAAGCAGCUGGAACAGCAGGUGGAGCAGCUGGAGCAGCAGGUGAAACAGCUGCGGCAGGAGCAGCUGCUGAAUCGCGAGCAGCUGGCGAAGAAGGAGCUGGAGGUCUCUUCGUUGAAGACACAACUGCAGGAGAAGGCGAGAGAGGUGACCAGGUGUCAAAGGUGCCAGGUUCAAGUGGCACCCCCAUCACCUCUUCCUCAGGUGGUACCCCCAUCACCUCUUCCUCAGGUGGCACCCCCAUCACCUCUUUCUCAAGUGGUACCCCCAUCACCUCUUCCUCAGUUAGCACCUCCUUCACCUCUUUCUCAGACGAGGGUGCAGGAGCAGGUGGAGCAGCUGGAAGAGCAGCUGUGGCAGGAACAGCGGCGACAGGAAUUGCUGAAAGAAGAGAAGCUGCUGCAAGAACAGCUGCGAAAGGAGCAGCUGCAGAAGGAGAAACUUCGGCAAGAGCAAAAGCUGCGGCAGGAACAACUACAACAGGAGCAGCUUCGCCAGGAGAAAUUACGCAAGGAGCAGCUGCGGCAAGAACAGCAACGCCUGGAGCAGUUGCGCAAGGAGCGGCUGCGACAGGAGCAACUGCGACAGGAACAAGUGCGGCAGGAAAACCUGCAGCAGGAACCCAAGCACCAACUUCGUCAGCAGCUGGCCAAGACACAGCAGACCAUAUCCACGACGACACAGGUGACUCGGAGAGACACGGAGCUGAACAGGUGCCAAUCUCACGUGGUACCUUCAGUGCCGCUUCUCCAGACUGUGUGUGCCCUCGGUCUUCCCAACCUGGGCAACACCUGCUAUAUCAACUCCGUUAUACAGUGUCUCUUCAGUAUAAGUACACUGAGACAAUACUUCUUCCAGGGAUACUAUAAACGAGACCUCAACACCAGCAGCGAGCAGGGAGGAAGGCUGGCACUGGCUCUUUCUCAUGUCUUCCGUGCCAUGGAGUCUGGCACUGGUGUCUACGAUGCCGUGAAGGGCUUCAAGGACGUGGUGGAAGGUGAGGACAAGACCUUCAAGCUGCACAGUGAACCCAGGGCUCACGACCUACUCGCAUCCCUCCUCACCUGGCUUCAUAAUGACCUUUCACAGGUGAGCAGAGGCCAGCAGACCUGGCCACACCAGCAGCACACGCCCACCACCUCCAUCAUCGCCAGCAUCUUCCACGGUAUCAAGGAGUCUGUCAUCUUCUGUCUGGAGAAGAAGAGAAUAGCCUCCAUCGCUAAUGAAUGUUUUGAUAACCUAAGUCUUGACGUUAUGGGAGACGGGGAGCGUUCCUUGGAUGAGCUGAUGAAGAACCACCUGCGGCCACAGAUGGUUAACUGGGACUGUCAACACUGCCGAAGUCCCCACCAGUGUGCUCACUACACUUCCAUCCUCCGCCUGCCACAAGUGCUCCCUCUCCACCUCACCAGGCAGGGUGGUUGUCAGGCUAGAGUGACCUUCCCUGCAGUCAACUUCAGUCUGCCUACUGCUCUUGCUCGCAAAGUCGAUCACUCCAGACGCUACGAACUAGUGUCAGUAUGUGUGCAACAACAGCAGGGGAUGGAGGGCAGCAGCGGUAGCCACUACACCGCCUUCUGCAGAAGCAAGGAAAGUGGCAGGUGGUGGUUGUGGGACGAUAUUCACCUUCAUCCUGCCAACAUAAACAAUGUCCUCACUGCCCAACACCCGCACCUCAUUUUCUAUGAGGCGAUAUGACCGGAGACUUCGGUUAUACUUAAUAUGCUACAAUGAAAGUUUAGUGGACAUAUGUCAAGGAACUGAUAAAACCUACAUGGAGACAGAAACACAGUGUGAAAAAAGUGUAUACAUGUAUUUCAAUCUCCGUCCGAGAUGCUCUUCAGCAGUACAGGAAAGUAAGAAGUAUUGGUCUGUGUAGAAUACUAUAUACAAUGA